AUGCGUUCCUUUUUGUAUCUUGCCAGUCUCGUCGCGGCCGCCGAGCCAUUUUGGAAUGAGCCUGAUACAGGGUUAGAGACCUUCCUCUCCGGUACGAACUGGACCGAAGGAACACAGCCGGCACUGAAAGACAUUCGUGGAAUUCCCGACUUCGACUUCGCUGCUCGUCAGAAACUUGAUAACCAGCAAUAUUCCUUUUAUAGAACUGCUUCCGCAGGUGAAUAUUCCUACCGCAACAACCUUGAGAUCUGGUCCAAAGUCAAAUUCCGGGCUCGUAUGCUCACCGAUGUUACCAAAGUCAAUGAGACACUGGCCACACAGAUCCUGGGAUAUAAUUUUUCUGCGCCCAUCUUCAUCGCACCAGCUGCACGUGGAGCAUACGCGGAUCCGGAGCGAGCAGAGCUGAACUUUGUGGAGGCUUCAGGUAGUGAGAACACCCUCUACACUGCUGCACUCUAUGCUUCCAAAACCAUCGAAGAGCUUGCUGCUGUAAAGAGCAAUAAUACUCUCAAUGGUCCUCAGGUUAUUUUCCAGCAGAUCUACACAAACAGCAACCUGUCGGUCACAUGGGAUCAGAUUGCGCGUGCCGAAAGGACAGGCGCAAAGGCUAUUGUUUGGACGAUUGAUGCCCCAGCCACUUCCGUGCGCCAUCGAGCAGCACGCUACGACACAACAAACGCAAAUGCGGUGACCUCUGCUUUGACAUGGGACAUCUAUGAUCAAAUGAAGAAUCGUACUAGCCUUCCCAUCAUUCCCAAAGGAAUUUCUACAGUUGAGGACGCCCUCGUUGCUAUCGAGAAAGGCGUGAAGGCGAUUUACAUCUCAAAUCACGGUGCCCGGCAACUCGAUCAUUCACCUUCACCUUUGGAGAUCGCUUACGAGAUUCACCGCAACGCGCCUGAAGUCUUCAAGAAGGUAGAAGUGCUGGCUGACUCCGGGGUCCGGUAUGGGGCCGACGUGUUAAAGCUUCUUGCCCUUGGUGUGAAGGCUGUUGGUCUCGGUCGUCCGUUUAUGUAUGCAAAUACAUAUGGCCUUGAAGGUGUCACAAAGGCCAUCCAAAUCUUGAAGCAAGAAAUUGCGUCGGAUGCUGCUCAGGCUGGUAUUCAUGACAUCCAGAACAUCUCACCUAAGGUCUUAAACACUAGGGCCCUGGAAGCGGAUGUAUACAUUAUGGAAGAUUAG